AUGGAAAGAACCCGAGAGGCAACCUCGCAAUUGGAGGCUGACUACGAUGUACAGACAGAUACAGCAGCGUGGGGAAGUAAGCAGGUGACAGACAUGUGCCUUCCGUCGACUGCCGGCGGAGUAUCUGAACACGGCAGCAGUGGGUAUUCCAAGGCAGCCACGGUAGCUACUAGACAGGUACCUCCGUAG